AAGUGCUUGAAGUGGAUUACUUUAGGAAAAAACAUAGUCUUGUGUGUAAAGCCUUAUAAUACAGAGAACAGACAUCUCACUAAACUCAAAGAAAAGUUGAGUUGAGCUGAGCUGCAGUUUGUCCUUUGUGUCUCUGUCCUUGGAGCUGAACCUCGCUGUUGAUCUUGUGAUGCAACUUACACAUGUCAUCUAUUUGCUCACAUUUCAAACCUUUUAGAUAACUGUUUUACUUGCACAUUUGUUUUCCUGAGACAUCAGUGUCAGAUUUGGUAAUUAACAUUCAUGCUCUGCACUACAUUUGUUCUUUUCUAAAAGGUAAAACAAAACAAGGACAAUUUCACAUCAGUGGAAUGAGGUGACAUAUUUUGCGGUCAUAGAGUACAUAUCAUGUUUAAGGUGCAUCUCAUUAAUGAGUUACUUCAAUUUACUGUUAUUGACAUUAUUUUUCUCUGUAGGAAUGAUUAUUACCCCCUUUAGUUUUAAAUACCACGAUAAAGUUCAAGUCAAAAACACAUUUUUGUACACCAGUGCAACAUACAAGGCAUGCCGUUGCUCUACAUGUGUUGUGCUGUGUUUGUAUUUAUUAUAUAUCUUUUAAUUAUAUUUUGUUACGUCAUUCAAGUGGUCUUCGGAGGAAUCUGGAGGCAGAUUUUUCCAUGUUUCACGACUAAGUAAGAAUCUAUUUUAUAGCCAGAGAGAGACAGAGAGAGAGAUGUGUUUCGAGGCAAAGUUUGAGUUUUUAGUGUGCAACACUAAGGACAUGAUCUAUGGUCCAACACUGUGUAAUAUUUGAGGACUGUUACUAUUUUCACUAUGAAGUGCUUAAAGUAAUCUUGUUUGUAAAGCCUUUAAUACAGAGAACAGUCAUCUCACUUAACUUAAAGAAAAGGUGAAAACAGAAUAGCGCCUCAUUACGCAUUCUAAUACCUUAUUAGAAUAUGUUUUUGAUCAAACAUUAAGGCCAGACGAUCUGAUGAUAUGUUAAGAAAACUUGCAGCACUUCUGUAAAACUGUUAUAUUUCAUUUGUCCUCACGGUGUCACUAUAGACCAGCUAUGGAGUCAAAUGCUUAUCUUGCUUUGCACACCACCCAUUAUUUGGAUGAACCAGCCUUGUGUUCUGUUCAGCCUUCAACAAAGACGACAAAUGCUCGGACGGCACACUGACCGAAUCACGUUUUUUAAUGCUUGAAACUGACGUGUUUUAACCUGUGUAGUCGGCCUACUGUCUGAGGAUGAUGAAUAGACGGAUCGCACUCCAAAGCUAUGGCUUUGUCUUUUUCUUUGUUGUGGUGCACUACGCACACGGAGACCUGAGCUAUUCCGUACAGGAGGAGCUCAAGCGCGGAUCUGUUAUUGGAAAUAUCGCAAAGGAUCUGGGACUAGAGGUGGGCAGACUGUCUGCUCGCAAAGCUCGUGUUGACAUGGAAGGAAACGACAGACAAUAUUGCGGGAUUAACCUUCGAAGCGGAGAUUUGAUCGUUGCGGAAAGAAUAGACCGAGAGGAGCACUGUGGAGAAAAGCCUUCGUGUGUUCUUAAAUUUGACUUGAUGUUAGAGAAUCCUUUGGAGUUACACCGGUUGUCCCUGCAGGUGCAGGACAUAAACGACAAUGCACCAAUUUUCCCGAAGGAUACUGUAAAGCUGGAAAUUAGGGAGUCAGCUGACAAAGGAGCUAAGUAUCGCAUAAAUGCAGCACACGAUGCAGAUAUAGGCAAGAACUCAGUUGAAAGCUACAUUUUGCAACAAAACCCCCACUUUGUGUUCAGUAUUCAGACGACAAAUGCUGGCAGAAAAUAUGGUGAAUUGGUUUUAGAUAAAGAGUUAGACCGAGAGGAGCAGCAGGAAAUUAAAUUAUUGCUCACAGCUGUAGAUGGAGGCUCUCCUCAGAGAUCCGGGACUGUAGUGAUACACGUCAUUGUACUUGAUGCUAAUGAUAACGCCCCUGUUUUUACUGAGUCUGUAUAUACAGCCACGUUACCGGAAAACUCGCCUGUUAAAACCCCCAUUAUCACUGUAAGUGCAUCAGACGCUGACGAAGGUGUAAACGGAGAGGUUACAUAUGAAUUCAGCCGACUGUCUGAUAAAUCACGUAAACUUUUCUCUCUAGAUGAGAAAACUGGAGAAAUUAGUGUGACAGGUGACAUAGAUUAUGAAGAGGGGCCCAAAUAUGAAGUGUUUGUUGAGGCCAAAGAUGGUUAUGGCCUCUCUUCAGAAGCAAAAGUCAUUAUUGAUAUCACUGAUGUGAAUGACAACGCCCCUGUAGUCAAUCUGAAGUCACUGACUAACCCCAUACCUGAGAACGUGUCACCUGGUACAGAGGUGGGCAUCAUUAACGUGCAGGAUAGAGACUCUGAGAAUAACAGACAGGUCCGCUGCUCCAUUCAGCAAAACGUCCCUUUUAAGUUGGUUCCUUCUAUUAAAAACUAUUAUUCUCUGGUGACCACAGGACAACUGGACCGUGAACUAGUGUCUGAUUACAACAUUACAAUCAGUGCCACUGACGAGGGCUCUCCACCUCUGUCCUCCUCUAAAACGGUUCAGUUAUCUGUAGCAGACAUCAACGACAACCCACCUGUGUUUGAGGAACAGUCCUACAGCGCAUAUGUGAGUGAAAAUAACAAACCUGGCUCCACUUUAUGUUCCGUUACUGCUCGAGACCCCGACUGGAGACAAAACGGUACAGUGAUUUAUUCUCUGUUAGCUGGUGAGGUGAACGGUGCCCCGGUGUCCUCCUAUCUAUCUGUUAACGGAGACACGGGGGUGAUCCACGCUGUGAGGUCGUUUGAUUAUGAACAGUUCAGGAGUUUUAAAGUCCACGUGAUGGCCAGAGACAACGGUUCUCCUCCGCUCAGCAGCAACGUGACCGUCAGUGUCUUCAUCUCGGAUGUGAAUGACAACUCUCCUCAGAUACUGUACCCCGCCCCGGAGGGCAACUCCUUCAUGACCGAGCUGGUCCCCAAAGCUGCACACGGAGGCUCUCUGGUGUCCAAAGUGAUAGCGGUGGACGCGGACUCCGGACAGAACGCCUGGCUGUCCUAUCAUAUAGUGAAAUCCACUGAUCCGGGACUUUUCACUAUCGGUCUCCACAGCGGAGAGAUCAGGACACAGCGGGACAUUUCUGAAUCUGACAGCAUGAAACAGAACCUUAUUGUGGCAGUGAAAGAUAACGGACAGCCCUCUCUCUCUGCCACCUGUUCCAUGUAUUUACUGAUUUCUGAUAACUUGGCUGAGGUGCCAGAACUGAAGGAUAUUUCUUAUGAUGAGAAGAACUCCAAACUGACCUCUUAUCUGAUCAUCGCUCUGGUGUCUGUGUCCACCUUUUUUCUGACCUUCAUCAUCAUCAUCCUGGGUGUGAGGUUUUGUCGCAGGAGAAAGCCCAGACUGUUGUUUGAUGGAGCAGUUGCCAUCCCCAGCGCUUAUCUCCCUCCUAAUUACGCAGAUGUUGACGGAACAGGAACUUUACGCAGCGCUUACAACUAUGACGCCUACCUGACAACAGGUUCUAGAACCAGUGACUUUAAGUUCGUCAGUUCUUACAAUGACAACACACUGCCUGCUGACCAGACUCUGAGGAAGAGUCCAUCAGACUUUGCUGAGGCGUUUGGGGAUUGUGAUUCUUCUCCUGAGGUAGGAACAGGUGCCACAUAUCGUUUGGCUUCUUUUGCAUCUCUUAUUCAGCCAAUUUAGUUACACUCGUCAAAGAUUUUCCACAACUUUUUAUAUAUUUGAUGAAUUUGGUUC